AUGUAUUCACUGCCGAAUCAUUGUUGCAAUUUCGGGCGCUUUUUUCCGGUCGCUGUCUUUGGACAGCUCCGUUGGUUGGGAUCUUUUUACUGUGAUGAAUUUCAAGCACUUCAAGGAGCACAAGAAGGCGCCGAUACGAAUGGACUGGGUUUGACUCUGUGCAAGCAAGCGUCAUCUCAAGUGGUCCCGUGGCUCCUUUGUGAUCGCCCAUGCCUGCUUGCAAACCUGAUCACAGCCAGCAAUUUGAAUGGAAUCGAUCCAGUCCUUAAGUCUUGCCUUUUAGGAGGGGGAGCUACACUUUUGGGAGAGACCAGCUGCCCAUUGAAAGCCACUGACGACAUCUGGUUUGGGUGCUGUUCCUGCACCUAUGUCACCAAAGAUCAGCAUGGUAUCGUGAACCACCUGGUUGCCCAUGGUGAUGAACAAUCCAAGAGCCAGCAUCCUCCCGUGUCUUCUCACUCCAGGUCCAAAGUGCUAAGCAACACUCAAAGGCACGAAAGCAUUAAGUUGUUUAAGUGCAAACUGUGUCCUCAAGCCUUUGCUAGGAAUUCCCGACUGAAGAGGCAUAACCAAACACACACUGGUGAAAAGCCAUUUAAAUGCAAGCUUUGCCUAAAAGCCUUUGCUCGGAAUUCUCAUUUAAGAAGGCAUAAUCUAACACACUCUGGUGAAAAGCCAUUUAAGUGCAAGCUCUGCCCCCGAGCCUUUUCUCAGAAUGGCUAUCUGAUCUACCAUAAUCGAACACACACUGGUGAAAACCCAUUUAAGUGCAAGUUGUGCCCUCAUGCCUUUUCUCAUAAUAGUGCUCUGAUCUUGCAUAAUCGAACACACUCGGGCGAAAAGCCAUUUAAGUGCAAGCUGUGCCCCCGAGUCUUUGCUAAUAAUUCUAAUUUAAAAACUCAUAGUCUAACACACUCUUCUGAAACGCCAUUUAAGUGCAAGGUGUGCCCCCAAGUCUUUUCUGAGAAAGCCAGUCUGAUCUGUCAUAAUCGAACACAUUCAGGUGAAAAGCCAUGCAAGUGCAAGCUAUGCCCCCAAGCCUUUUCUCAGAAAAUCGAUCUGAUCCGCCAUAAUCGAACACACUCAGGUGAAAAGCCAUUCAAGUGCAAGCUAUGCCCCCAAGCCUUUUCUCGGAAUUCCAGUCUGAUCUACCAUAAUCGAACACACUCGGGUGAAAAGCCAUUUAAGUGCAAGCUGUGCCCCCGAGCAUUUUCACAGAAUUCACAUCUGAGACGCCAUAAUCUAACACACUGUUAAAAAGUAAUUUAAGUGGAACAUGUGUCCCAAGGCCUUUUCUCAGGGAUCUGAUCUGCAGUGCAGAUAUGCACCAUUUCAGUUGAAAUAUAAAAAUGCAUGCAGUACCCUAAAAUGGCAGGAAUGCAGUGCCUUACAAAUGACAGCGAUGUUCCUGUGCAUUUUUUAAUGCCUCUGCCUCGUGGGGCAUGUGCCAAAGCAGUGGUAAACGAAUCUAAGGACGAGUGCAUUAAUCGGGUGGCAGAUAGUGGGCUUUUGCACUGUCGACUUCUCAGAACGGGUAGUUGUAUAUCCAGUAUGGUUACCACAUUGAUUGUUUAUGGAUUCUUAAACUCUUGCAUUGCUCACAAGCCUUUCAUCUGAAUGCUACUGUUUGUAAUCACACAAAUGUGUUGAGGAGUAGGGAGCAAUUCCUUUUCAGAGGUGAUCAAGAGGUUGGUUAGUGCAAUGACAAUUGUUAACUUUUUCAAUAGAUUGAAAUAAGUCAAUGUAACUCGUUUGAGGUGUUGUCUAAUAUGUUUGUUUUUACUCCUGUAUAUAAAGGAUAGGCACUUGCAGAAAAUAAAUGUGUGACCAAAGUUUCAAUUUAAUUAUCUAAAAAAGAUGAAGUGUGUGAAUUUCAAUUCCCAUAGUGUCUUCUUUCUGCUUUUGUGAUCUGGUACUCUAGUGUGGAGUAAUUUUUUAGGUUUUUAUUUUUACGUCUUCUAGGAUGCCUCUCCAUUUUAGCAACCAACUCGGCUGGGAACCGAUUUUUGAGUGUGUGUGUGCACUGCAGUGGUUCAUGCUCCCAAUUUGAACUUUGCUAUACUCGGGGUUAUCUUUUCUUGGCAGUGCAGUCAAAGGCACUGGCACUUAUGCCGUUUCUAAUUUUAAGCACUGAUGGAACUUGCUCGUGAGCUCUCUUCUCCGAAAGGCCAAGAAAAUCUGUCCCUCUAGUAUAGUCGUAUUCCCAUACCACCAAGCUGGUUUACAAUUGACAGCGUGUCAAUUAUUAAUGCUCCAUAAUGCGUGUUCAACGCUGGUUUGAAGAGCGAGGUAGAGCGCUGAACUGACUUGAACUCGAUCAUAUUCGAAGUGUUUUUGCUUCCUUCCCUGCACUGGAAUCUUCAUAGUCAUGUAUUUAUAUGCCACCUACGUUGAGAUAUCGCUCUUGUAUUUAGGUUAUCACAAUUCUCUGUUGCUUCGUAUUCUUGUUGCCGAUAGUUGUUUCUGUGUAUCUUUGUCAGCAUUUUUGGACCGUAGGUGUCAUGUGUGCCAGAAAAUGUUCUUUGUACUAAAGUGUCCAUUUUUUUUGCAUGGUUCACUGUAUCUUGUGUACUGUUGGUCAAUGUGUGCCUAGUUUUGCCUUUGGUAAUGCAUUUGUGCAUAUCUUUAUUGUGGAUUUUGUUUCUUACUCUCGUUUGUCUCAAAUAAAUUCUGCAGAUAAGUGUGUAAUCAGAGUCCUGUAUUAGUGUUCCUCGCAAAUAAAGCUAGACAGUUAGAGCUUCCAGUGUUACAGUGUUGUUUUCCAGCCAUUGCAUAUCUUAGCUGCUCUGUUGGCGGAGCAGCCCUCUGGAAAGUUCUUAUUUUGCCAUCGUGUGCUAUGCUGAGACCUCACUGUGGCAGUUUCGUAGCCAUGAAAUUGACUGCCGAGUGGAUGUGCAUACUGCAGCAGAUAAAUUUGGAUUGGAUUGUGGUGGCCAUUCCUUUUGUUUCAGGUGAAUAAAGUUCAUGCUCU